AUGCCGCGCUACUCCAGCUCGCCUCAGUCCAGCCAUCCAGAAUCGCCAACGUCUCCCGCUGCGCCAACCUCGCCCUUCUCGCCCAUCGCUCGCACCGACAACCGCCCCUUUCACCUCAGCGCCGCCCCUCACCCUCGAUGGUUCACCUCGCACCUGCACCAACUCGAGCGCGACGUCUCCCACUCACGCUCCCGACUCGCCGAGGUCGAAGCGGAGGAGACCUAUCACUUUCCCGACGCGAGUGAGGCAACACACUCGAAACCUCUCAUCCCGAACCAGAUCAAGGGUUUUGACAUGCCCGGCGCUGAUACGGCCGAGGUCAAGGUUUGUGGAGAUCUGGCGGCGCUUGGAGCGGGCGCGGGUGUGGCGGUUUGGAGCGCGAGUUGCGAUUUGGCGAGUUCCAUCGUGAGGGGGACAGUCUUGGGAGAUAUGGCGAACACAAUGUGCUGGUCGCAGAGCGGAAGGUAUCUCUGGGUCGGCACCUGGUUUGGGCACCUGCGCGAGUUCGACACCGCCGCUUUUGCCGCUCACCCGACGUUGCUCGCAACCUUUCCGCUCGAAGCGCACCGCGCCGACGCCCAUCCUUCCGGCUCGCCUAUCAUCCUCGUCUCGCGCAUCUUCGGCGAUCAGAUGCUCACGCUCGACUCGACGGGUCGAAUCGUCGUCUGGCUGCCGGACGAGAAGCACGGCAAGCUCGCCUCGCUCCACUCGCACUCGAAGGUGCUCGAGAUCCCGCCCGAACCGCUGCGAGUGAAGGUCGUCAACGACCUCGUAUGGGCUGAUUGGAAGGUCUCUGCAUCCGAUGCGCUUGGCGGGCUGGAGAGACGAGUGGUGCGGGUCUACGACGUGAGCGGCACGCGGGCAAUGUUGCGAUGUGAGAAGGGCUGGGAUGUGCAGGCGCUUGGCGGGAUCUUCACGUUCUGCAGUGUGCCGUCGCACCCGCAGUUCGUCUUUGCAGGUCAUGCAUCCGGGCACAUUUCGAUGUGGAAGUUCGACGGUACCAGUAUGCUCGGGGUGAAGCGGGUCUCAAAGGAGGCUGUCACGUCUCUCUGCGGUCCAUCUCGUUUUCUAUGGGUCGGCUACGCAAACGGAACCAUCGACGUUAUCGACCUCGGUUCGUCCGACCGCUGGAAAGUCGUCAAGCGCUGGCGAGCGCAUCGGGGACCGGUGCUUACCCUCAGCGUUGACGCUUCGUCGCUUUGGACGGCCUCGAGUUUGCGCGUAUACAGCGGAGGAGCAGACUACAAGGUUCGCUUCUGGGAUGGCUUACUGCGUGACGACUGGAUCUCCCGACGGAUGCAGGAGACGGUCGAGAUGUACUGCGACUUCUCGCCGCUGCGCAUGGCCAUCCUCACCUGGAACUGCGACGGGCAGGACCCCGCUCUUCUGCAGCGAACGGAGGCGAGCCGCAAUCUGUUCGCUUCUUUCCUCCAGCGGCUCGACAGGCCAGAUCUCGUUGUCUUCAACUUUCAGGAGCUGGUCGACCUGUCGGACUUGACCCUCGCCGCCCGCACUGUCCUAUUUGCGACUGCGACGCACGACGUUACGGGUCGCUACAGGCAUUGGCGGACGUUGCUGUCGGACGCGGUCGAGCGCUUCCUCGGUCCCGACUACGCCCUCGUACACGAAGACAAGCUUGUCGGACUAUUCACCGUCGUCUUCGCACGACGUACCAUCGCUUCGCAGAUGAAGGACCUCGCUUCCUGCCACAUCAAAAGCGGGUUCGACGAGACGUACGGCAACAAGGGCUCAAUUCUGCUUCGCUUCGUCCUGCAGGACUCUUCCUUCUGCCUCAUCAACGCGCAUCUCGCGGCCGGCAAGACCCACCCUGCCGAACGUCAGCGGGACCUCAUCCAGAUACUUGACUCGGCGAGCCGCUUUCCGCGACCAGAACAGGCGACGCACGGUGCGUAUGUUGGCGGCGGAGACGGGACCGAAGUGCUGGAUUGCGAGACUGUCUUCUUCGCUGGCGACCUGAACUUCCGCAUCCAGCUACCUCGCGAGGAGGUCCUCCGAACACUCGCGCAGCCAGAUCCCUACUCCCGUCUUCUUCCGCACGACGAGCUCACGAUGCUCAAGCACGACGACCCCGCCUUCCGCCUGCGCGCUUUCGACGAGGCGCCUAUCGACUUCCCGCCGACUUACAAGUACGAUCACUUCUCCUCGCAAUACGACACCUCGGCGAAGCAGCGGACGCCGAGCUGGUGCGACAGGAUUCUGUGGAGGGCGCAGCGGGAGGGAACCGUCGAGUGUUUGCGAUAUGAGCGAUUCGAGGCGGACAUGAGCGAUCACAGGCCCGUCGCCGCCACUUUCCAGGUCAUGGUUCGCACGAUCGACCCUGUGCGAGCGGACUCGGCGUGCAGACGGACGGUGCACGACUGGGCGAAAGUCGAGGAGGAGUUGCUUCAGACCGCGCGGCAGCAUCACCCGGUCGGGCAGUAG